GUUUUGUCAUAGUUCAAAAGAGGAGUGCCAUGCACAAAUUUCCCAAACUAACGAAAAUUUGAGAAAUGUUGAUAAUUAUAAUGAUGAUGUUAAUACUAAAAAUGUUGCACUAACUGGGAUUGUUGAAUCAUGUAUUUGGAAUGAUGUAAAUUCAUUUCAUGUUGUUUACAAUUAUUCUGUUGAUUUAAUGCAUGAUUUACUUGAAGGUGUAUGUAACUAUGACAUGUCAAGUAUAAUUAGAAACUUUAUUUUAGAAUUCAAGUAUUUUAGCUUAGAAGUCUUAAAUAACAGAAUUCGGUUUUUUGAUUAUGGACCAAGUGAAAUUAAAAACCGACCACCACUAAUAAGUGAACACUCAUUAAAAAGUAACAGCCCUACAAUAUGUAAAAUGUCAGCGUCGGAAAUGUGGUGUUUUGUACGAUUCUUUGGUCUCAUGAUGGGUGAUUUGGUACCUAUAGAAUCAGACUUUUGGAAGUUAUACAUUUUGCUUAAAAAAAUACUUGAUUUGACCACUACUCGAUCAAUAGGGCUCGAAUGCCCAUACUUACUUAAAAUGUUAAUAUCAGAACAUCAUGCCUUAUAUUUAGAAUUAACCAAAAUUAACUUGAAACCAAAAUUUCACCAUUUGAUUCAUUACCCUUAUAUUAUGGAGCAAGUAGGUCCAUUGAUUAAUAUUUGGUCUAUGCGGUUUGAGGCCAAACAUAAAGAAUCAAAAAUUGCUGCGCGAGCAAUAUCAAGUAGGAAAAAUAUUUGUUAUACGUUAAUGUUAAAAAAUCAGUUGAAAAUGGCCUAUACAUAUACUCAAAUUUACAAAUAUUCUAAAUUUUCAUGUUCUUUAAAUGUAAGUAAAAAUAUAAUGUAUUCUUCAGACAUAAAAAAAAAUUUAGCUUCUGUUUUAAAUUAUGCAUGUAUAGAACACUCUAAUUUUGUCUCUUGGAUUGAAGUAAAAAAUAUUCGUUACACUACAAAUAAUAUGUAUUUGGUAUUGGAUAUUUCAGAUUUACCCGUUUUUGGUUUUUUAAAAUACAUUUCUAUACUGCCUGACCUUACAGCUUUAGGUAUUUUUGAAGUGCUUAAAACAAUUAAUUUUAAUGAACAUUUACAAUCAUAUUAUGUUGAGAAAACUCAAAUUAUAUCUUCUUCAAACUUUACAGAUUUGCCUAAUUAUAGUCCUACAUUUUGUUGUAUAAAACAAAAUGGCCUUAGUUAUAUACCUUUAAUACUGUAA